UGCAAUCAAUUCAUCUGUUUUAGUUGAAGGAAACAACAAAAAAAUGUCGGAAAUAGUAAACGGAAAUAAUAUUUCUGCCAACCACAUUAAAAGAAUGAUGGAAAAUGCGCAGCGAGAAAUCGAGCAACGUAAACGAAAACUAGAAAACAUUACUUUGAAUAAAUAUCCAGAUGCUUCUACUUCUUCUGAUGCUGCUGCUGCAGCAGUUAAUGCCAAAACUACAGCCACACGCGAUAUGUCCGGAUCUGUAACAGGAACAUCGGACAUAGAAAGAUCAAGAAAAAUUGCCCAGCUUCAAGAACAAAUUCGGGCCAAACUUUCUGGAACAUUAGUCAAUGUUUUACCCCUACAGCCUGCUACUGACAAACCGAAGCCGCUUAUACUGGAUGCUGAGGGCCGUACUGUAGAUGAUAGUGGUCGUACAAUUGUUGUACCCCAACUUACCCCUACGCUAAAGGCUAAUAUCCGUGCCAAAAAACGAGAAAAUUCUAGAAAUCAGCAAUUUGUAGAACGUGCGUUUACCGAUGAAUCAAAUGAGACACACUUUCAUGAUGAUCGUAUUACAUUAAAACCAGCAGGGCGAACUAAGCGUUCAUUACGAUUUCAUGAGCCUGGAAAAUUUCAACAGCUUGCUGAAAGAUUACGAAUGAAGAUACAGCUAGAAAAAUUGCAGAACGAGAUUUCGCAAAUAGCGCGCAAAACUGGAAUUAGUUCAGCUACAAAACUUGCUUUGAUUGCUCCUAAAUCGGACACUUACUUAAAUGAUGUACCCCAAAUGGAAUGGUGGGAUUCUGUCAUAUUGAUGGAUGAUUUGAAUACCUUGAACGCACAGGGAAGUAUUGCGAUAAGAGAAUCUUCGAUAACUAACCUCAUCGAACAUCCGACGCAAAUGCGGCCGCCAAAUGAAACAUCGCGUACCGUAUAUCUUCCAGUGUUUCUUACAAAUAAAGAAAGACGCAAAUUGCGACGACAGAAUCGUCGUGAAGCUUGGAAGGAAGAGCAGGAAAAAAUUCGUCUAGGACUUGAAGCUCCUCCAGAACCAAAAUUAAGAAUUUCCAAUUUAAUGCGUGUGUUGGGAACAGAGGCAGUACAAGACCCAACUAAAAUUGAGACUCAUGUACGUGAACAAAUGGUAAAGCGUCAAAUACACGAAGAAGCAAAUGCAGCACGUAAAUUAACUGACGAUCAACGACGAGAGAAAAAAAUUCGUAAAAUGAAAGAAGACGCAACAUUAGGGGUACAUAUUGCUGUAUAUCGAAUUCGAGAUUUACAGGACCAGCAAAGCAAAAAGUUUAAGAUCGAAACAAAUGCAAAACAACUAUUCUUGACCGGCGCCUGUGUACUUUUUCGCGAUUGUUCUGUAGUUGUAGUGGAGGGUGGUCCAAAACAACAAAAAAAAUAUCGUAGGCUUAUGCUCCAUCGUAUAAAAUGGGAAGAAGAUUUAGUGAAAAAUGCUGAUGACAAAGAGAUUCCCAAUUCAUGCGUGCUUGUUUGGGAAGGAAUGAAUCAGCGUAGACAUUUUGGAGAAUUUAAGUAUAAAUCGUUCUCAUUAGAAAAAAGUGCUAGAGAUUUCUUCCAGAAACAUCACGUUGAGCAUUAUUGGGAUUUGGCUUACUCUGGGGCUGUUUUAGAAGCUUCUGAAGACAUAUAAUCAGGUUUUACAAUACAAGGCAAAAAAUCAUUAUUAAAUAAACUAUUUAUGAAAAUCU